AUGGCCUCUCUUGUGGCACUCAUUGUGCCAGCUAUCCUGAUGCCAGCGCUGGUAACCACCGAACUGUCGACGAAUGCUCCGUUAUGGGACGGCGGCUGGAACAACACCACGACGGCCGUGGCCCCACCGCCGGAGCCCAACCGGACGUACCAAGACCCGACCUACUACUCGGUUAACUAUCGCAUCAUCGGCACCAUCUUCCAAGGCAUCAUAUUUGCCGUGGGUGUCUUGGGCAACAUCAUGGUGGUCAUUGUUGUGAUGCGCACGCGGAGCAUGCACACGCCCACGAACUGCUAUUUGGUCAGCCUGUCCGUAGCCGACUUCAUGGUCCUGGUCGCAUCAGUACCGAACGAGAUCAUCUCCUACUAUGUACUCGGCGAUGAGUGGAUCUGGGGCCGCGCCGGGUGCGCGCUCUUCAUCUUUCUUCAGUACCUGGGCAUCAAUGCAUCUUCGCUGUCUAUUACGGCUUUCACCGUGGAACGCUACAUUGCGAUCUGCCUGCCCAUGAAGGCACAAACCAUGUGCACGGUCAAGCGUGCUAAAAAGAUAAUACUGGGCGUGUGGCUGUUUGCUUGCUCCUAUUGCUCCCCUUGGCUUGCACUGACCACAACCACGGCCGUCUACUACAAAGGUCACGACAACAUAGAGACUUGCACGUUUGCGCUGUCCAGACACCACUACCGCAGUUACUUCUUUGCCGACAUCAUACUGUUCUACGUCGUGCCACUGCUUCUCUCGUGUGUCCUCUACGGACUCAUGGCCCGCGUCCUUUUCCAGUCAAACUUCAACUCCAAGGCAAACGGCUCGACAGACUCGAAGAAGAGCUCUGCCAACAGUAGCUCUAGGGUCCAGUGUCUACGAGCAGCUCUAGGCAGCAAUUUUAUUGACAUCUCCGGAGACUCGAUGGUUAUGGUGCUCGGUUGA